AUGGCGCCGCGCCCAUUCUCCUGGUGUACUUGCGGCAACUGGACCUACAACUUCCGCCUGCUGCACAACGGCGGGAUGUGCGGCAAGUGUGGGGCGCAGGUCACACUAUUCCAGCCCGACGCUGCAGCGGCGAAAGGCAAAGGUAAAGGAAAGAAAGGCAUCCUGGGCAACAAGGGCGGCAAGGGCGAGGCUAAGUCGGCUUGGAACAACACUGGAGGAGGCAAAGGAGGCCCUUACCCGUGGUCCAAGGAGCCUGACGUCUCGCAGAUGCUCGCCAUCCUCUCGAACGUCCCCGCCCUCGCGGCGCACGCCGACGUGUUCCGCCAGGCUGACAUUUCCUUCAAGGCGAGCAAGGCGAAACCGGUGUCGCCCAACCAGGAGGUGUACCGCUGCAGCCAGACGUUGGAGAAGAAGGAGAUGGCGCUCCAGAAGGAGGCGAAGCUGUGGCUGCACCAGACGGCGGAGGAGGCCCUCUCCGCAAAACGGGCCCACACCAUGGCUGUCAAGGCCCUCGCGGACUCCACGGGCGCCGCCAAGACGCAGGACGGCUACACCGCAGACGGCAAGAAGAUAUACCUGGCGUUGGACGAGUUCGACUUCGCAGCCAGCGACGAGUUCGACGACACCCAAAAGGCGCAGCUCCAGGCCAUCCAGAAGCAGGUGGAGGAGCACUGCAAGCAGGUGGCGGACCUCCAGAAGACGAUGCAGGAGGCGCUCAAGAGCGUCAAGGAGAUCCGCGCAGCCCCAGCGAAGCGGCAGCGUGGCCAGGACGGCGCCGCCCCUGGCCCAGGCGCAGCCGAAGCCGAGGGCCCUGACGAAGACCAGGCACCUACUGCAGCGGAGGACGGCCCCAGCUUCGCCGUCUCAGAGAGCGACAUCGCCGCCAAGAUCGCGAGCGCCAGGGAAGCCACGCUGGCCAACAUGGGCGACUUCCCUCCCCUGGGCACUGGCAAUGACCUGCAGCAGCGGCAGCGGCCGCGCAGCGAGGGUGACCUACUCAACGGAGUCGGAGGAGGCGGCCACUCGCGACUAGGCGGCGCUACCGCUCAGCCGCCCCUCCCACAGUAUGCGGCGAGUAGCGACACACGGGCUCCAGUUCCAGAGAACUACGACGCGACGUACUUCCUCUCGAACAUCUCGGAGUGGGGCCCGCAGGCGGAGGGAUUCAUGAAGGCCCAAGCUGAGCAGUACGACGUGAUAGGCUUCGCGGAGAUGCACCUGCGAGGCGUGAAGAUCCUGGACUUCACCGAGAAGAUCAGCAAGGACGGCUGGAAAGCCGCCGUCACAGCCGCAGCACCGUCGGGCCGAUCGACUGAGGGCACGACGGGCGGCGAGGCGAUCAUAUCCAAGCGCUCACUGGCCACGACGUCGUUCGAGGGGUGGCGCAAGCACGAGAUAGAGCGAUCGGCAGUCGACCCUUUCCAAGGCUUCUGCCCCACGACGUGGCACACGAAGGCAGGCAACAUAGUGGUCAUCUCCGCGUACAUGCAGCCGAAGCACGGCAUGAAGGGCGCCAACGAGAAGAUGAUGAUCAAGUUAGCCAGCUUCAUCAACAUGAUAUCCGACCCGUGGGUUGCCCUGGCCGACUGGAACAACCCACCAGAGGCAUGGGCUGGAACCAAGUGGCUUCGCAAGAUUGGCGGCCAGUUGAUCCUCCCUGAGAACACGAAGACCACGUGCAACCUGGGGUGCGGCUCCCUCAUCGACUACGGGGUCUGCAAGAGCGGGUUCGGCGGCUCCCUCAAGCUCGAAGCCGCGCCUGAGGUCCCCUGGAAGACCCACGUGGGCCUCCUGCUCUCUAUACGUGCGGGGAAGCAGCACUGGUGGCACCGAGCUAUGCGGAUACCGAAGCAGCUCCCGUCGGCGGGACGACCAGUGAAGAAAGCGGACCCGAACAGCAAGCGCCAGAAGUCGAUGGUCGAGCGGCGCCAGCGCGCAAAGGCCAGACUCCAAGAGGAGCUCCAGGAAGCCUACGAAGAGCUCCACAGCUGGCCGACCACGGCGGACACUGACAGCAACGACUCGGUGACUUUCGACAUUCCGCUCGAAGUAUGGCGGGCCGCAGCCGCCACGGUGGCAGGCCUGGGAGAGGACAAUGAGGGUAACGAGGUGAAGGAAAAGUACGCCGAUUCGAGCAAUUCCCCCUCCUCCCACUUCCUGCUGACCCGCGACCCCGAGGCGCAGGAGCAGGUCGCCAGAGCGUUCGGCGACUGGGUGCAGACAGUAGAGAAGGCCACGCUCAAGCACCACGACAUCCCCGAGACCGACUGGAAGCAGUACGAAGGCAGGGCCAGCGAGUACAAGAUUACCUGGCGCAGGACCCGUGCUGCCCCAGCCCGCGCACAUAUGCGGGAUCCGAUGCUGGAAUGGUGGCACUUGGCCACGGCGAUCAUAGCCAGAUAUCAGUUAAUGAGGCGCAAGUUCUCGGAGCAGGACUAUAUGCGCAUGGCAAACAGGAUGAAGGAGCUGCUGGACGCUGCCACCGACAACAACUUCCUCGCCAAGUAUACGGAGCCAGAUGACAAGAGGGUCCUAGAUGACUGGACCAAGGCCAUUGCCGAAUUGAACGGGCAGCACAUCGACGCGCUCCAGGGCCUCCUGGAGAUCGGCCUGAGGUUCCAAGCCCGUGCGGUGGGCAUAGGACUCGCCAACGGCAGGCGGGCUUUCGCCAGUUGGGUCACUCGCAUGUGGAAGCAGGCUCCAGGUGUGCUUCACCGACAUGUGAAACCAGCUGCCUCUCGGCGAGACGAGCACUACGGGGACGCGGGCAGCACCUACGCCACGCCGUGCGAGAUCAUGGACCGCCGCGCCGACUAUUGGGAGAACGUCUGGUCCGACUCCGGCGCCGACCCCAAGAGUAUCCUCGACGGCCUGAAGUAUGUCGCGGAGCAGGCCAAGAGGGAGGAC